AUGAAGAAACUAUCGCUGACAACUACAGUACCUCACGGCGGGUACUCGGCGGCGGUGCUGUAUCAGCUGGCGAUCACGCAUUUCGCCCACACGCACCCGACCCGAUACAGCGAGGCGGCGACGCCGAUCUCGAUGCAGCUGGUGUUUCUGCGGCGCACGGCAACCGGCCCCGCCGUGCUGACGGUGGAGGACACGAAGCUGGGGGCGCGGACGAGCACGAUCCACGUGACGCUGUCGCAGCCCAGCGAGAAGAACCCGACGGGCCCCGCGGAGGCCAAGAUCACGGGGUACAUCACGGUGAGCCCGGCGUCGGCGGAGACAGGCCUGACGGCGGAGAGCGGGUGGACGCUGCAGCCAGCGGCGGUGGCUGGGUCGCGAGCGGACGGGACGGUGGACCUGGCGGCGCUGGAGCGGACGGGGCGCGACGGCGAGUGGGAGCGGCAGGCAGCGCCGUAUGCGUCGUUCCGGCGCGUGACGCAGCAGGUCGAGCUGUACGGGCCGGCGGCGGGGCGUGGCACGCGGGGGGUGAUUGAUCAGUGGGCGCGGUUCACGCCGGGGGGCCGGCGCGAUGCGCGGUGGACGAAUGCAGCCGUGGCGUUUCUGAUGGAUAUGUUUCCGAUGGCGCUGGAUGAGUUCGAUGCGAUGUCGUCGGCGGCGACGGAGGAGGAGACGCGCCACAAGCCCAAGUGGUAUCCGACGGUGACGAUGAACAUUGACUUCAAGAAGCGGCUGCCGGCGGGCGGGGUGCCGUGGCUGUACAGCCGGGUGCACUCGAAGCGGGUGGUGAACGGACGGAUGGAUCUGGACGUGGUGGUGCUGGAUGAGGCGGGCGACGUGGUGGCGCUGGGCUCGCAGGUGGGCUUGGUGCAUAGAAGACAAGUCCCUAUGUACAGAUCUAUCGAGUCGGCAAUGGAGAGUCCGAGACUACAGGCUCGGCGUGGUGUGCAACCAGAACGCCAUGGCAUCGGUGGUUAUGACCAGCUGGUCGGGGUCGUCGGGAUCGGCCUGGAGGACCUGGGCGCGCGUCCAGAAUUUGCGGCCGACGCGGCCGACGACCUUGGAGCGGAUGAUGGUAACGGCGGGGACACGGACGGGGCGCUUGUAGCGCACAUCCAACUGAGCGGUGAACAAACCGCGCCGGGGGGAGGAGAAGCCCUCGGCGGUGACUUGACCACCAGGCGUCUCCGGCAGACGCAAGGCGACGGCGAGAGACAUGGCAUCGUCGAGACAGGCGGCGACUACGCCGCCAUGGGCGGUGGCCGAGUGGCCGGCCAUGCCGGGGGCCAUGAGAUGCCACAGGGUGUAGAUGUCCGGGGGGUCGGUGGAGGGGAGCGAGGAGCGAGGGUCGGCGGUAGGCACGGGCCAGGGAGGCGGUGA